AUAUUAUCUCAGCCAUGUCCGGCAUUAUGAAAGCUCUGAAAACGUCAAAGAGACGUUUGACUCAGCAGAUGAAGGUAGCGAUCGGCAAAGCCGAUGUCACGUCUGAUGCCACCUUUGAUAUCUUGCAUCGUCAGUUUUCUGAUGUUGAAAAAAAUCUAUCUCUUUUCAACAACCAGUGCAUUGCCUUAAUCGGUAACAUCGAGAGCUGGUGCGAUACGAACAGAAAACUAGCAAAUGAACUGAAACGGUUCACUAACUCUGCGGGAACCUCCUCGGAUGAUAUGGAAUCUUAUAAGGACACUGUCAUGAACCUUGAUACGGUGCUCCAGGCUGAAUACAACUACACGCGAAGAGCUCUGUGCUGUAUUCUUCGUACUCGUAUCAUCAACCGCAUCGACCGUUUAUUAAAGAACGAGUUUGCGCAAGUCGGGAAGGUCGUGAAAACACGCGAACACAUUAUCACCGACUAUGACUCCCAUCGUCAAAAGUGCUCCACCUUCGAGCGGAAAGGCGAUGCGGAGAAGGCGGAUCGUUUCCGCCGGAAGGCGGAGCACGACAAAGAGAUGCUCGACGAGCACACCGCCUAUCUGGAGGAGCGUUUUCAAGAACUAAUCGACAUCGGCUCUUCCAUUCUCCGCAUCGAGAACGCCACGCUCAUCACCUGCGAAAUGUACUUAGUGAAGCGCCAAUACGAAGCCAUGGCGGAGAUCUGCAACAAUCUGGGCGAGGACACUGUAGGCGCGGUCACAUACGACAUUGACGACGUGAUCAAUCGAAUUCAGGAGGGCGAAAACAUCGAGUCCACCUACCAGGCUCCCGAGCUCGAUCUCCCCGAACCCCGCAAUUUGGAGAUCCCCCGAGUGACGGACUUCAAGGACGUCCCGCGGGAGAGACGUCGAAGCAGCGAGGAUUAUGAUAACGGCGCGUAUGAAUCGCGCAGAGCUCCCAAGAAACCGCUGCCUGCGCCCGGAAAACGGAGCUAUGUGGUCGCGAUGUAUGCGUUGGAGGCGGAGGAGGAGGGUGAGCUGUCGUUCAACGAGGGAGAUCGCAUUGAAGUGAUUCGCAAGGAUCCGAGCGGAUGGUGGGAAGGACGAUUGAAUGGAGAGGUCGGGCUCUUCCCCGAAAACUACACGCAGCCUGCAUAA